AUGAGAUUGAAUGUUGAUAUGGCAAAACAUUUGGUUGUAGUGAAAUUUGAGUUGGUAUGGAAAGGUCAAGGAUCAAGGAAAUGGAAGCAUGGACACAAUGAUGGUUUCUUUAUCCAAUUUGAAUCGCCUUUAUUACGGAGAUUGUGGUUCGUCCCCAGUUCUACUGAAAAGGGGCAAAUCUUGUGCAGGUAUACCUCGGUAUUGAAGCAGACAGAAGCGUCCAAGUGCACGUGCUUAUCCUCCUUGGAGAGGGUAACAGUUUCUGAUCCAUUGGAAGUCAUUGCAAUUUAUGGAAGCUUCUUGAACUGUAGAAAGAAAACUACAAGUAGCAUGUCCUUUCUGUGA